GUGCCCCGGGGCAGGGGCGUGCCCGGGCCGGGGGCGUGGCGUCGGGCGCCGCAGCCCUGAAACGCACCGCGCCUGCGGAGGGCGGGGUCGGCGCAGGCUGGGACUCAGCUGCACCUGGAAGGCCCGGAAGUCGGCGCGAUGAGGCCUCGGGCACCGCGGGGCGUCCUCCCGGGCGCGCUCGGCCUGGCGCUCUGCUGCCUGUGCGGCGCGCUGGGACCCUGGAGGAGUGGCGACCACGGAUGGAAAAAACUCAUUAUGGUUCACCACUGGCCUACAACAGUGUGCAAGGAAAUUGAAAAUGCCUGCAGUGACCCUCCGGAUUACUGGACGAUACAUGGAUUAUGGCCUGAUAAAAGUGAAGAAUGUAACCGGUCGUGGCACUUUAAUUUAGAAGAGAUCAAGGUAUUAACUUUUCAUUCCACUCCCACUGCAGAGUCUGGCGCUAGACUCACGCUUGUCUUCGCGGGUGUCUCCUCCAAGUCAGGUUGUAAAGCGAGCAGGUCAGGAAUGUGCUCACCAGGAUGGAAUUCCUGGGGCGCAGUAGCAUCUGAAUUGACAGGUCCUCGGUCAGUCGGAAGAGAUUUUUUUAAAAAACCUUCUUGCAGGAAGCAUGAGUGGGAGAAGCAUGGGACCUGUGCAGCCCAGUUGGACGUCCUCAAUUCCCAGAAGAAAUACUUCGGCAAAAGUCUGGAUCUGUAUAAGGAGCUGUCCCUGAACAGUAUGCUCCAAAAAUUGGGGAUAAAACCGUCUAUCAAUUACUACCAGAUUUCAGAUAUUAAAGAUGCCCUCGCCAGUGUCUACGGAGUCAUACCGAAAGUCCAGUGUCUUCCGCCAAGACAGGGUGAGGAGGUGCAAACCAUCGGACAGAUAGAGCUGUGCCUCACCAAGGACCUGCAGCUGCGAAACUGUACGGAGCACGGGGAGCCGCGGUCCCGCAGGUGGGGGGACGCCUGGCCGGCCAGGGCCACCGCCGAGGGCCCAGGGCUGGAGGUCUGUGAGGACGGCCCCGCCUUUUACCCCCCACCCAAAGAGACCAAUCACUGAUGCGUGAAUUUUGGAAAUAUUCUGUGUUUUGAAAAGCAAGUGAAAUCCACACACCACUGCUUUUUAAGAAGCAUCUUUCAAGUGAAAUCUCACCCCUUUUGGGGGCAGCUUCCUUUAAUGUAAGCCUGUCAGUUUUGCUUUUCACUUUGUGUCUGUGAGUUGAUUUUUGUGGCACAUGUAAAGGGGGAUGAGCAUCGGGUGCAUUGAAAGGAAGAAAAGCUCCCACGCCCGAGUAGCUGCUUUGUAGUUGGAAUAAAGCGCACGGUUUUCCCUUUUUUCUCCUUUAUUAAGCUCUUUGGCAUCUUAGACCAGGCAGGCGCCCUUGGGGUUUCAGCAAGCAGUACAGAUUCAGGAAGUUCUGGCCUGCGUCCCCCUCAGAGCGGCUGCUGUCUUGGCCUGGGGGUCGCGCUGGGAGCUGAUCUCACGGGGAGCCAGGCCAACGUGGGGACGGUGGCAGGCAUCUCCACCUCCCACCUCAGGGUUGAUGGUUCUUGUUCCACGAGGGCCCCAGAACACGUUCACCUGCCAGCAUCUCCCUCGGUGGCCUGGCGUGGGCAUAGGUGUGUCCCCUGCAGGCCCCGGUGCUGGUGGCAGGCGAGAUGCUCUGAGAAAGGGCUGUGAGUAUCUUCUCUCUUCCUGCCAGAGGAAAUCUGGGUGCAUUUACUCAGUGCCUGGCAGCUGCCCCGGCUGGUCCGUGGGAGCUCUGAAUGCAAAUUAAAACCUGCACGUCGGUUUAGGUCAGGUCUCAAUUCCUUUCUAUGGGAAGGUAGCUCGGGACCUGGGAAAGAUUCGGGCCAUCAAUAAAUCAGUACUUAGGAAUACUGUGAUUAAAUGCAGCCCCUGGUGCCAUGUUCCACCCUCAGAUCCACGCUCUCUUUCCUUGUGACGACAGACAACAUGGUUUCUCUUGCCAGUGGUGGGAGAGCGCCAGGCUCAGGUGGGCGGCUGCAGCCUUACCUGCUGUCUGGGACUUGGUUUGUAAAAUGAGGUUUACAUUUUCACAUUUCACCUAAUAGUUUGUGAAAUGACUUCCCGUGCUUUAUUAAAACUACUUUACCAUUA